UUCGCUCACUGGCCCCAGCGCGCUGAACAUUCGGCAUUCGCGGUCCGACGCUUGCGAGGCACGCACGGUGCCUACGCACUCGCCGCAACGCGCACAAAACUUAGAACCAUUCCAGUCCAGAAGUAACUUGCCACCAUGAGGGUCUGUUCAACAGCCCUCCUCUUAGUUUUCACACUUCUUAUACAGACUGCAAUAGCAGGAGACAUCUAUUGGGAAGAUGAAGAUGAUUCCUUAAACGAGUUCCUGGAGGUCAAGGAACCAGAUUCUGGGCUCAUCAGUCAUCUGCGGCGGUUAAAGAGACAGUUGGUUUCAACACUCACAGACACAACUGAAGAUCCAGUGGAGUACGAAUCAGCUACGUCCGAUGAAAACGGGAAUGACGUUGACGAUGACGAAACUCCAAUCGAAGGCUCGGGAACGUUGAGGAGAGAUCCAGACAACAGGGAAAAGACACUACGUGUUACUUUCGUGGUGAUGGAGCCCUUCCAGAACGAAUACUCCGAUAGAGACUCUGAGCAGUUCCAGAAUAUCUCAAUAGGACUCGCGGACGCAGUCAACAACCUAUUCGAUACAGUUCCCGGAACUCAAAGAGCCAGUCUCGUUAGGAUACAGUCGAGGUUAUCGGACGAGUUCUCGUGCAAAGUAACCAUGGACAUCAUAACAUCUGGCUUCGAUGACACCAAGGAGUUGGCGAGGAUCCUUCAAGAUCACAUCAGACAAAGAAGACAACUCGGUAUCUUCACAGUAGACGAAAACGAAUUUUUAUCAACAGAUAUAGUUGACCCAGGUACCACUAAUCUGGAGUGUGCCGCUGACGAGGUUAAGUGUGAUGAUAAUCAUUGUAUUGCUGGCUGGGCUUGGUGUAACGGUUCCCCGGACUGUCCCGACGGCAGUGACGAAGUGUCGUGCCCAGAUCAAGACUCUGAAGGCGAAGACCAGAUUAAUGAAGUCGAUCAACAGACUUCGACGCCGAAAUCAGAUAAUGAUGACCUUGAUACGUUUAGCGUAGCUCCGAAUGAAGAUAACGAAUUAAUACCUGAGACGACUACACCUCGCACAGAACGCGGGGAUGGCGAUGAGGGUGACGAUAUCACCUCAAGUGACACAGAAAAUGAAGUUAUACCAGAAACAACUACAGCCCAAAUUGAUUCAUGUGCUGCGUACGAGUUUAGAUGCGACAACACACGGUGCGUCCACCGGAGACGGCAAUGCGAUCGUCAACAGGACUGCGAUGACGGCUCCGACGAAGCUGACUGCCCACCAGAAACAUGUGGUGCUGAUGACUUCCGUUGCUUCGAUGGGCGGUGUAUCGAAAGCGCAAGGGUCUGUGAUCGCGUCGCAGACUGCUCAAGCCAAGAAGACGAACAGAAUUGCGAAUGUCGACCGGACGAGUUCCGCUGCCAAUCCGACGGUUACUGUAUCGAAAGCAGAAAGCGGUGCGAUGGCGUCAGCCACUGCAGCGACAACUCAGACGAAGUAAAUUGCGCCACAGAAUACUUUAGAUGCAGAAAUGGGAAGAUUUUAGCACAGAGUAAGAGAUGCAAUCGCAAGUAUGAUUGCGACCCUGGCGACUAUUCUGAUGAACAAAAUUGUCCAUGUGGUGUCGACGACUUCAAAUGCGACAAUGGAUACUGCAUCCCCGCAUCCAAACACUGUGACAGAACGCAUGACUGUCAAGAUCGUUCCGAUGAACGCGGUUGCAUUUAUGGCACAAUAUGCAUGGCUUAUGAAUAUAAAUGCUCGAGCGGACAGUGCGUGAAAGCUGAUUCCUGGUGCAAUGGAACAAAGGAGUGCAACGAUGGUUCAGACGAAAGAAACUGCCCUUGCAAAAGGGACGAGAUUGAAUGUCGGGAUGGUACUUGUAUAAAUAUCGCAUUAAGAUGUAAUGGUCGAAAAGACUGUCCAAAUGGGGAAGACGAAUAUAAUUGCGGUGAGCCGCGUUGUCCGGAUGACAGCUUCGCCUGUACUGUGGACUCGAGGAUGGGAUGCGCGCGCCGCUGCGACGGUAGACAGGAAUGUGACAACGGCGAAGACGAACUCGAAUGCACUGAAUGCAGCCACCAGUGCGACGGCAGAUGCUUGGAGGAUCAUCUUAUUUGCAACGGAGUGCCGGAUUGUAGUGAUUCGUCUGACGAAAUGUCGUGUCCCUCCUGCGAUAGCCUCGAUGACUUCAGAUGUGCGAACGGCGAAUGUAUAAAUAUCGCCCAUCGCUGCAACGGCCUAAACGACUGCUCUGACUUCAGUGACGAGAAGGAUUGCAAUAACACCUUGCCAUCAACAGAUCAAUGCAACGACAACCAGUUCCGAUGCCAGGACGGCUCUUGCAUUGACAUCCAGUUCUCGUGCGAUGGCAACUUUGAUUGUCUCGACAAUUCCGACGAAGACAAUUGCCCUUGCAAAGAAAACGAAUGGCAAUGCACAACUGGCCAGUGUGUUCCGUUCCAAGCGCGCUGUGACGGUACAGUGGACUGUACUGAUGUAUCCGACGAGCAAGACUGCGUCACUACAACUUGGAUCCCUCCCAUACAACCGCAGACCACAACACGUGCACCCAUAGUCACAAUCCCACCGUCUGUAUAUGCACCUACCACACGAUACCCCAUCCGCGAUCCUUAUGAACCUUCCACUCGUCUACCUAACCUGUACCCAACAACAUUUAGACCAGGACUAGACUUCCCUAGUGGUGGAUCCUCAGGAUCAGAUGGGUGCGCCUCGAAUCAAUGGCGCUGCGAAAACGGUCCUUGCAUUGAUUCUCGUCGACGUUGCGACGGUCGCGUCGACUGUCCCCGGGACAGCAGCGACGAGCUAGACUGUCCAUCCGACAGACGAGAUUAUACUUCAUUGAAUUUGAAGACAUACCCGGAGAGUCAGACCAUACGCAACGGUGGAGACGUGGUCUUCCAAUGCCGUGAUGAAGGUCCAUUGCGUGCUCCUGUGCGUUGGAUCAAGGAAGGUGGUCGACCUUUCAAACCUGGUACUGUUGACCGCAAAGGGCGUUUGGAAAUGACCAAAGUCACGGUAUCGGAUAGUGGGGUCUACAUUUGUCAAGCACCUGCAUAUGCUGGCUAUCCUGGCUCCGAAUCCCGAGUCACCUUGGUAGUUGAAAGCGCAUCUCAAGUGCCAAGAUUACCUUUCACACCGUGCAAUUUCUCUGAGGCAACUUGCGGCAACGGUCAAUGCAUUCCGAAAUCCGCGGUUUGUGACGGCAAACCUGACUGCGAUGAUAGAUCCGACGAGGACUCCUGCAAUCUGAACGGUCAAUGUGAACCGAAUCAAUUCGUGUGUGACAACAAGAAAUGUGUGUUGAAGACGUGGUUAUGUGACUCUGAGGACGACUGUGGGGACGGCUCGGACGAGCGUGACUGCCGCGCUGAGCCCGGACAAGCGUGCUCGGCUGUCGAGUUCGCGUGCUCCAGCAACCAGCAGUGCAUUCCGAAGUCAUACCAUUGCGAUGGUCACUUUGAUUGCCAAGAUAACUCCGAUGAAAUUGGCUGUGCUCCUGUGCACGUGAAGCGUCCUCCGGCACCUGCCAACGUGAGACUGAACCCUGGGGAGAGCUUGGUGUUGGUGUGCGAAGCAGUCGGCGUGCCCAUGCCACUCAUCUCCUGGCGUUUAAACUGGGGACACGUGCCCCCUAAGUGCACCUCCACCAGUAUCGAUGGCGUCGGAACACUUACCUGUAACAAUAUGCAGCCGGAAGACAGCGGAGCUUACUCUUGUGAAGCGAUCAACAGAAGUGGUACAACCUUCGCUGCUCCUGACUCCAUUGUGUACGUUAACAAAACUGACGUCUGCCCGACUGGAUUCUUCAAUAGCGAGGCGCGUUCUCAAAACGAAUGCAUCCGUUGCUUCUGUUUUGGCGAGUCGAAUGUAUGCCGAAGUGCUGAUCUAUUCACGUACAACAUGCCAACGCCGCUUGGCGAAGGCGGCACCCGGCUCAUCGGCGUCACACAGACUUACACCGGCGACGUGCAGAUCUCUUCACAGCCCAUCACUGACCAGUUCUAUUACCAGUCCAUGAGGAAUGGAGCAACUGUUACGAAACUUGAUCUAGCCUCGUGGUACAAGAGCCCUGACGUGCAGCCUUUCCUUACCCUACCGGAGACGUACAACGGCAACCAGCUCACCUCCUACGGCGGACACAUUAGAUAUAACCUGUCGCCUCAUUCUACAAGAUAUAGCACCGAUAGCACACCUGACAUUAUCAUCAAGGGCAAGUACCAGAGCCUCAUCUAUAAACACGGUGGCGAAAUUUCACGUGGCUCGUAUAUCGAGGCUCGUCUUACUCCUGGCAACUGGAUGAAACCUUCCUCAAGAGGCCCAGAGCGUGCUUCUAGGGAAGAUAUUAUGAUGGCUUUGGAUAACAUCGAAAUGAUCCUGCUUCGUGCUGGAAUCAAUAACGCUGGGGUCAACAUCACCGACUUCGCGAUGGAAUCAGCGCAACACAUCAACGUGGGCCUCGGCGCUGCCAGUCUCGUUGAGGAGUGCACCUGUCCACCAGGAUACGAAGGACUAUCAUGUCAGGUAAGUCACAGAAAUGUUUUCAACAUAUUUAAACAACUAUUUACGAAGCUAUUUAAAAGAUCAGAUAUUAAUGUCCAUGACUUGGUAUAGAAAUGCGCUGCAAAUUACGUACGAGUUAAGAACGGGCCUUGGCUAGGCGAUUGUGUCCCGAAGAGAACUUGUCCACCGGGUACGUACGGCGACCCCAACAGUGGAUACGAGUGCAAGCCAUGCCCCUGCCCGUUAACCAACACCGGCAAUAGAUUCGCGACCUCCUGUUCUAUAGGCUCCAACGGUGAAGUUACCUGCGAUUGCUUUGCUGGAUACGAGGGUCCGCAGUGCGCUUACUGCGCGGCUGGCUAUAUUGGAAACCCGCUAGUACCAGGAGAUUCUUGUAAACCCAAGCCCACCGACAACUGCAACGCUGAUGGCACCAGCGCUGUCCGACCGCCUGACGAUUGCAUCUGCAAAGACAACGUGGAGGGACGCUUCUGUGAUCAGUGCAAAAAUGGCUCCUUCUAUCUCUCACAAGACUUCAGACAAGGAUGUGCUCUGUGCUUCUGUUCCGCGGUAUCUCAGCAGUGCACAAGCAGCACGAACCUACGCAGAAGAGCGAUCACUGUCAGCUUUAAUGUACCUAAUGUUGUCAACCAAGUAAAAGUGUACUCCAGCGUGCCCUCCAGCAGUGCCGGUGCUAUCAGAUACAACGCUCCCGUGGAAACGAAGCUGCAGCCAACUCUUCUACGAGGAGAGGUCAAUUUACCAAGUGUUGAUAGAUCAAGACCUGCAAUUUACUAUUGGAGCUUACCAUCCAGUUAUGCCGGCGACAAAGUGACGUCAUACGGCGGGUAUUUGAACUACACCAUCAAUAAUGUUUCACCUUAUGGAACAAGGAACAAUGCUGCGGACAUACAACUCAUAAGUGAUGUUACUUUCCACUACUUCGGUAACUUUGAACCAAAUAGCGACGGCACAAUAACUGCGAGUGUGCAGCUUUUGGAAAAAGGAUGGCAGAGACCCGACGGCAAAGAGGUGUCUCGUGAAUACUUCCUUUUGGCGUUAUCUCAUUUGAAGACCAUAUUGAUAAAGGCGACGUAUAAUACAAAUGAUGUAUCACCAAUUUCUACCGCAAGCCUUGAGAUCGCAGAGUCCAACGGCAAUGGACCGCUGGCCCUUCACGUAGAGCAAUGCGUCUGUCCCGAUGGCUACAUUGGUACGUCGUGCGAGAACUGCGCCCCCGGAUACACAAGGAGUAUGGAGAGAGGAUUCUACUUAAAGUUGUGCGAACCAUGCGAGUGUAACGGACAUUCGACAAUGUGUCACCCGGAGACUCGUGAAUGUUACGACUGCGCCGACAACACUGAUGGUCCCAGCUGCGAGAACUGUAAACCUGGCUAUGUGAGGGACGCUUACGGCAACUGUGUGUACGAGUCAUCAACAUCGCCAUCAUGCUACUGUGAUCCUCGCGGUGCGGAAGGUCCUUGCGACAAUUCAGGCUACUGCCGUUGUAAGCAGAACGUGGAAGGCGAGUCCUGUGACCGCUGCAGGGCCGGUACCUUCGGCCUUGACUCCGACAACCCUCUCGGCUGCCAUUCUUGCUACUGCUCAGGGGCUACUACUGAAUGCCAUGAAGCUACACACUACUCAAGAAUACAGCUUGCAGCGCCAGUGUUCGGCGACAAGGUCGGCUACACUUUGAUGGACUUGCAAGGAUCCGUGGUUAUCAACGACCAGUUCGUUUCUGUGCCUAUCGAAAGCGAGCUCAGAUAUGUCUUCAGUAAACCCCCGAAUCAGGACUUGUACUGGUCCCUGCCAGUAUUCCCAGGCAAUCGAGUAUUAUCUUACGGCGGUACGCUGAUGCUCACGCAGAGCUUUGAAACUGGUGGUAUACCAGAUCAAGGAAAUGCUGUUGUCAUCUUAGUCGGCAAUGCGAGAUCUAUUUCUUGGACUAGUCCCAACUCCAUACCAUCUGGCACAGCUGUGAGCUACCAAGUGCCUAUGCAAGAAAGUGGUUGGUAUCUACUCAACACGCCGACGCCUGCCAGCCGAGAAGACUUUAUGUACAUACUGCAAGACCUCAAGAGGGUCCUCGUGAAGGCCACGCUCUCCCCCAAUGUCGCCUCCUCCGCCAUCGCCGACGUCUCUCUGGACACCGCUUCUGAAAUAUAUAGCACUGGCUCUCGCCCAGCGAAGGGAGUCGAGAUUUGUAUGUGUCCGAAAGGUUACUCUGGAACCAGUUGUGAGACAUGCAGGUCUGGGUACUACAAGGAGCCAACAGGCCUGUGCAAGCAGUGUAACUGCAACGGUCACGACUGUCAACUCGGUGCCUACAGGGAGGUCGUAUGCAACUGCCGACCGCCGUACACAGGACCCAACUGCUCCACAGUUGGCGGAGAAAACAAGAACGAAACCUCUUUGCCUCCCCCGGCACAGUCGACGGUGUCCAUUAAGAUUGUAAACUCAACACAAAUAAGAAUCCGAGAAGUGGGAAGCACAGUCAGAUUUAUAUGCGAGGCUCAAAGUCUGUACACUCAUAAUGCGCUGAGAGUUAACUGGACCAAGGUCGACGGGUACCUGCCGUUGGAAAGAACUUACCUCGACUCCCGAACUGGAGAGCUUCUCAUAACGAACCUACAGGUCACUGACAGUGGACAGUAUAUCUGCCAGACCAGCGAUGGCAUAUCCACAGGACAAGCUAUAGCCACACUUAAAGUACCAGGAAAUCCUAUGACACUGCCGAUUGUGGCAAUCAGGCCUUCCUCUACUGAUUACUACGAAGGCGAUAGGAUCGAACUGGAGUGCCAGGUGUCCGGCAACCCCGCACCCAGCAUCACCUGGCAGCGAGCAUCCAACAAGCCUGUAUACAGAGCUUCUCAGUAUGACACCUUCUUCAUCAUCGAUAAUGCUCUCGAAGAAGAUUCUGGAGAGUACAGGUGUAUUGCUUCUAACUCUAUGGGCUCAUCAGACAAGUCGGUCGUGAUCACAGUACGCGCUCGCCCGUCGAGACCAGUCCGGGAAAAGCUCACGGUGUCCGCAAACGCCGCUAACCUUACCGAGGGCCAGAGCACGCGCAUCGUGUGCACGGGGACUGCCAACGUGCCCGCUGGUACCAUAGAAUGGAUCAGACAAGAUGGUGCUCAACUAUUGGAGAACGUGCGAUCAGACAACGGCGUUCUGUACAUCGACCGCGCGACAACAGAGAACCAGGGCAUCUACGUGUGCCACUCGAUAUCAACAGAGAUCGGUCCCGUGCCCAUCGUGGUCACCAUCAUACCUCUGAACCCGCCCUCGCCCGGCGAAGCCUCCAACAUCACCGUCUCUGAGAAAAGUCUGAGGUUACACGCCGGAGGCAGCGGCUCUGUCGAGUGUAAUCCUACAGGAAACCCCCUGCCUUUGAUUAAAUGGACCAAAUAUCAAGGCAACUUCGGUUCCGGUGUUAGCCAACGGUACAACUCCCUGUUGGUCUCCAACGCACAGCCGAGCGACGAAGGUUACUACGUAUGCGAGGGAUCUGUCAGAGAUGAGGCUAUCGGCAUCAUAUACGUUUAUGUUGCUGUCGAAAAACGCGAGCCGCCGCGUGUCAGCGUGUGGCCGCAAGGAGAGCAGGCUGUCGCGCUAGGCAGUCCUUUCGUGCUGAUGUGCCGCCUGUUGGCCGGCGACCCCGAGCCCGUCGUCACCUGGGAGCGUGCCGGCGGCCGCAGCCUCGCGCCACAUGCCCAGCUUAUGCCUAACCACGAGCUAAACUUCGAAAAGGUUGACGUAAAUGACGAAGGCGAGUACAUCUGCACUGCAACAAACGAGGCCGGCAGUGACCGGUCAAGCGCUGUCAUCAAGGUCCGCUCUCCGCCGGAGAUAUUCAUCACGCCCAGCGAUUACGUGGAGGCAGUGCGCGGCGACUCGGUCACCAUCGAAUGCCGCGCCCGCGGGUACCCCGAGCCCAUGGUCUCCAUCAAGACGAGCCCGGAUAUGCGCGAGGUGGUGCCUCCUUCGCGCGGCAUGGCCGUCCUUCGCAUUCCGUCUGUGAGCGAGCGUGAUGACGGCAUGUACGUUUGCACCGCCUCCUCCGCUGCCGCUACUAUUGACCAGCAGAUCAACAUCCGCGUUGACCGUGGCGACGGCGGCCUUGGCGACUUUGAGGGCAGCGGUGAGGUCGACAUAAACGUGGACCUACCUGUGUACGAAAACAGACCGUCUAACAGCAUCGCCAUUGAAGGCAGGGACGCGCGGCUAAGUUGCAAUGGAUCUACUGAUUUCGAUGUCGCCUGGCGCAAGGACAACGGUAGACUGAAAUACAACGUGGAAGCGCGUGGCAUCGAGCUCAUCAUUAAAAAUGCAACGAAAUCUGAUUCGGGAGUGUACGAGUGUCUUCUGAAGAGCCGACAAACGGGCGAAGUGCAGCAAGUGACAACGAUCAGGCUGUUGGUGAUGGCAGUGCCGCGCAUCUCGCUGCGGCCAGCCACCCAGGUCGUACAGCCAGGCCAGUCGCCCACCGUUGAGUGCGUUGUUACUGGCGACGACAUCAGAGACAUCACCUGGAAACCUGUCAACAGGCAACCCUCUAGCCGUAUUGAAAUCCGAGGCUCCACACUGAUAUUCCGCCAAAUCGAAGUGGAAGACGCCGGCCAAUACGAAUGCUUCGCUCAGAACCCCAUCGCGAACGCAUCUGCCGUCGCUGAAGUUAUCGUCAGUGAAGAAAGUGGAGGAAGAGCCACGGAGUCGCACGAUAACGAGCAGACCGCGUACGUGGGUGCGGCGGUGCAGCUGAGCUGCAAUGUGACGCGGCCCAGCACGCGCAUCCGUUGGAGCAAGGACGGCACAGUGCUACCGCGGUCCGCACGACAGAACGACGACGGCUCGCUCUUCAUACGGAUCGCGCAGAAGUCCGACAGCGGACGCUAUAUCUGUAUCAUUUACGAUCAGUACGGCAGAAAGACUAGCAAUUACAUCAACCUGCACAUCGAGGGUGUUGAAUGCUUGAGAUCACAAUUUCGAUGUCAUGAUGACUCCGGUUGCAUAGAGAAGAUGCUACUGUGUGACGGAUUUAGCGACUGUCAAGAUUCUAGCGACGAAGGGAGCUGCCUCUCGUCAGACGACAGUAACCCGGAUAUCCUAUCGGACUCGGACAUGAACUCCACCGGACCCCGCAACAAUGGUGAACUAGUGUCAAUCGAACAACCAAAGAGGCAGUACAUAGUUGGUGAAAAUGUGGAAGUCAAGUGCAGGACCAUUUCAAGAGACAUCCGAGUGCAUUGGGAGCGGUAUGGGACAAACCAAUACGUAGUUUCAAGGACAUACGGCGACGGCGCGUUGCUGAUUCUGCAAGGAGUGCAAGAGGCGGACGCUGGCCUAUACCGGUGUAUUGGCAACAGUCCCUACGGAGAUACGUCCUACGAUGAUUUCAACCUCGUCGUAGUUCCAAUUGCUAACAAUCAAUUGAUACCGGCCGAGUCGCAGCCCCAAGCGUAUACGGCGCGCCUUUGGGAUUCCGUCAGACUGCCCUGCAGCCACAAUCUGGAACAACCAGUUAACAUCGAAUGGACGAAGGAGUACUCCCAUCUGCCUACCAAUGUCAGAACUAAUGAACCCGUGCUAGAUCUGGACAGCGUGAGUGAGACCGAUGCCGGCACAUACAUUUGUCGAGUGAGCAACAAUCGCGCGGCUGUCGAAACACGCGCCAUAUUGCGAGUAACAGGCAUCGUGCCGCGCUUCAACGGAGACAGCUGGCUCGCUCUACCUAUGAUAAAGGACGCCUACAUGCAAUUCGACAUUGAAAUCUCAUUCAAACCUAGCGACAACAACGGCCUUGUUCUGUACAAUGGUCAGAAUUUGGACCGCAGCGGAGACUACUUGGCACUGCAGCUAAUAGAUGGUGUACCCACCUUCGUGUUCGAAACUGGCAGCGGCCCAGUUAUCGUGUCCGGUGAUAGACCACUCUCACUCAACACUUGGCACACCAUUAGGAUCAGUAGAACCAACUCUAAAGUUUCUAUGGACGUGGAUAAUAAGGGUCCGUUCACAUCUGAGUCAUCCCAGCAAUGGGACGUGCUGGACUUGAAACAGCCGCUUUACAUCGGCGGUGUACCCGACCCUAACCAACUGCCAGCAGAUCUAGCCGGAGCAUCAGGCUUCAUCGGGUGUGUAAGCAUGCUGAUCCUUGGACGUGAGGAGAUUAACAUGAUGGCUGACACUACGAGCCAGAACAACCUGAAGGAAUGCGACUCCUGUGUGCCCAACGUGUGUCUCCAUGGCGGCGUGUGCCAGGAGGCACGCAACGAGCGAGGCUACGUGUGCCUCUGCCCCGCCGGGUACGCAGGCUUGCGUUGCGACCGCACGGGCGAGGCAUGCCGACCUGGUCUCUGCGGCCCCGGUCGCUGCACAGACACUGCUGACGGCUACAAGUGCGCUUGCCCCGUCACGUUCACCGGCAAAAACUGUGAACAAAAGCAAAACAUCGAAUACCCAGCGUUCACGGGGAGCGCGUUCCUGGCUAUCAGACUGCCGAGAACGUCUCGUCGGUAUUUCCGUAUGUCAAUGAAGAUCAAAGCAACGCCACCAGUGAUCGACGGCAUAAUAAUGUACUGCAAGGCGCGCGGCGGAGGAUACACCGCACUGUCCGUGCACAACGGAAAACUAGAAUUCCGAUUCGACCUCGGCGAUGGAAGACCAGUGGUGCUGACCAGUAACAAGACACUUGAUGUGAACGAAUGGACCGACGUACACGUUGCACGAGUCGGCGCUGACGUCUCUAUGAAGAUUAAUAUGAUUGAUACAUACGAACAGAAACUCGCCUCUAACAAAACGGAUGUGAUCCUUGACUCACCGAUGUACGUCGGAGGCGUGGACGAGUCGAUAACCUUGGACAACAGCACUGGCGUCAUCGGAGGAUUCAGCGGCUGCAUUAAAGAAGUUCGCUUAAACCAGGGUGAUCAGCUGGACAUUGUGAACGCAUCUAUCCAGUCGGCUAAUAUUCAAGAAUGCCCCAACGACGUCCGCGGAGACAUCCCUGAGGUAUACAGCGUGUGCAGCCUGUGCCGUAACGACGGUAGGUGCACCUCACUGGACGCCACAGCUUGCACGUGCCCCCCCGGUUUCUCCGGCACGUACUGCGAGAACAGGUCCUCGUACCGCACGCCCUACAUCGACCCAUGCGCCGCGCGACCCUGCAGGAACGGCGGCAUCUGCAAACUGGACCGCUCCUCCAAAAUGAACUACACCUGCGACUGUACUCUAGGCUUCGCCGGCGCUAAUUGUCAGAUGCCGCUUGAACUACUGGAGAGUGUCGGUUUCAAUGGCAACGGAUACCUGGAAUUGCCGGGCAACAUGUUGAGCUACGAGGACCUGGGCAGGGAGCCCGCGGUGAUGGCGCUCGCUAUCAACACCAACUACGACGGAGUCUUACUUUACCACCACGAGGCACAAGCACCACCGAACUCCGGAGAUUAUGUCCUUAUCAGAAUUGAAAACGGAGUGGUCGUGAUGGAGUGGGACAUGGGCAGCGGACUGAAUGAAGUGCGCAUCGAAAACGUUCAAGUCACCGAUGGAGACCGACACGAGAUUAUCGCCAAACUGCUGACCGACAGCCGAGCUUACCUCUCCGUUGAUGGAACCACCAAGAUAGCACAAUCCAACGGAUUUGCAAACGUUAUGAGUGCUGACUCUAAUGUCUAUAUAGGUGGUAUACCGGAUCGUCUGAACUACAACCGCUACCCGGGUCUGGUGGGUUGCAUCGAGCAAGUCGAGCUGAUGGACAUGGACCGUGGCAUCAAACUCGGCCGCAGUGCUGUCGCCGGCAGAAACACCCAGCGAUGCAGGGAGUGACGGAUCACUUUAUGAAGAUCGACCUAAAUAAUAUUAAUCGAUGAUAUGUCAAAUUAAUUGUAUCUACAAUUUGUAUAACUACUGUAAUCUCUUAUGUUGCCAGCGACUAUCUCAUUUCUAUUGUUCAUAUAUAUUUGAAUUAUUAUUAUAUAUAUUCUUGAAUUAACAAUCAGUUUAAUUAUUUGGUUAGUUUAUUCAUGUGAACUUUACAGAUUGAUAUUUGUUAAAUUAGUAGAUAUUUUAUUAAUAUGUACCGUUUUAUCUAGUAUUAAGUGGACUUCAUUGUUCUGGACAAUACUGCUAGCUUAGUAUUUAGAUAAUAAAAAUAUUAUUGAAUAUUAAUUAUUGAUAUAUAUUUAUCCAAUGUUUCCGUAUACUGCGACGGUGCUGUGAGGAGUUCUGGUGCCAUACGAUUGAAUCAUUACUAUUAUUAGGCUUAGGAUAACUGUGCUACUAAUUUUUAUCUUCUUGCAUAUGUUAAUCCACUCGCCUACUAAGCUUUGUUUUUUUAUACCUUUUUUUUAUGAACUAUAUAUAUUUUUACGAGUGUAUAAAUACACUUUGAGAGUGUUUACUUUCUAAAAGUUCUCUCUAAAAAUUAGAAUAUCUUUUUAUAAUUUCCACGAAACCCUUAUUUUAAUUACAAUGUGCCAAAAGCAGUUUAACUAGUUUUUUUUUUGUAAAUUCCUUUUAUUUUUGUCACUGCCAUUUAUUUGCUGCCGUUGCUUUUCUUUUAUAAUUUAGUUAUAUAACUACAUAGUACAUAUUUCCUACAAUUUAAAGGCAACGAAUAUGCUAAUGUGAAGUACUUAGGUAUAUUUUAGAAUGAAAUAAUAAAUGGUAUAUUGUUGUUUAUUUUGUUUGAUUAGAACGGUGGCAUUUACUUUCAUUAUAACUGCAUGUAAUUGGUCGAGCCGCUGAUGCGGACUUAGCUUUUUAAGUAAUACUUAGUCAUUAAAAGCAUAACAUGUGUCAGAUACUGUUUACUAAGUCAUCAGCUGUGGCAUACUAUUUUACCGAGAUGACUUUAAAGUACUGAUGUUAUGUAUGAAUCCGAUUGAAUUUGAUAUUGUAUCAAACCUGCCUACGUAAUAAGGAAUUCUAUUGUGUGUACACUACUAAGUGAACAACUAAUAAUAAAUCGAUUAAACUGUCUAUAAAUAUAA